AUGGACGACGUCAUAGCCGGCUCCAGGAACUGCGCGUCUUCAGCCAUUAUGAUCGGUCGCGAAACGUUCGCGCCGGGGAAUAUCGGUGUAUUUUGGGGCGCACGCUUUCGCAACGAACUUCUUGAUACGUUCAAUGGUGACCUCGAUGUCCAAGGCAUUCACCGCGAAGACUAUCCUGCGAACUUGGUUGAUUACCAUAUUGGUGGGAGCGACACCGGAGCAGACUCUUGCGCAAGGACGAUUGAACAGUAUGCGGCUAAGUGUCCGGAUUCGAAGAUCUUCGUGUCGGGUUACAGUCUUGUCGCGUACAAAUGCGUCAACCGAGUAAGCGAUACAGCACGCAAGCAAAUCAAAGCGCUCGUCGUGUUCGGCUCGGAGGAAAUCCUCAUGGACGACGUGCAACCCGUUCCAGAGGGUAUCACCCUGAAAAACUACUGCGUAGAAAAUACAACAGCCCCAGAUGUGGUAUGCACCACGACGCUCACCUCAGGGAUUGACUUGCCCAACAGCGUAGGCGAAGUAGUGUCCCAGCUCAAGGACUCGUUCGCCUCGCUCAAGGACGUCGCAACGAAUGAGGACCAGCUCAAAGAGGUUGCUUCGAUACCUGGAUUAUUGCUUACCGAAUUGCCUGCUGCGUUGCCGUGGAUCGCGAAGGAUAUCGCGCAGGGAAAGAUUCGGAGGUGGAUGAUUCUUCCUCCGCACAUGGUGUACGGACUCAAUGGCAUGACUACCGAAGCAGCGGCGUGGAUGGCGAGUGUAGCCUCGAAAUAA